AUGCCCUAUGAGCCCCUUCCUUCACUCUUCCCAGGCACUCUUGAGGAGGAGGUGGAGGAGGAGGAAGUGGUCGCACCUCCUGCUAUGCCCUAUGUCCCUACCUCAGUCCCCACCCCACCUCCUCCUACAGUGUACCCUCUGGUGUCGCCGUCUGUGAUGAUCACCGACAGGCAGCGCCUUGUGACUGAGCAGCUGCAGGACGAGAGCAGCAUGGAUGGAGUGCAGCAGAGUGGGGGGCAGGAGACAGGGGAGCAGCAGACAGGGGAGCAGCAGAUUGGGGAGCAGCAGACAGGGGAGCAGCAGAUUGGGGAGCAGCAGAUUGGGGAGCAGCAGACAGGGGAGCCGCAGACAGAGGAGAAGGAGAUGUGGGGAAUUAGAGAUGGUGGUCGUGUGUUGGCUUCUGGGACGACCACUGCACCACUGCGUCGCUCCACUCGCAUCACUCGUGGUGUCCCGCCUGGCCCGCUAACACCCCACCCCCAUGCAUUUUCCCCAUCCCCGUCUUCCCCACCCCCAUGCAUUUUCCCCAUCCCCGUCUUCCCCACCCCCAUGCAUUUUCCCCAUCCCCGUCUUCCCCACCCCCAUGCAUUUUCCCCAUCCCCGUCUUCCCCACCCCCAUGCAUUUUCCCCAUCCCCGUCUUCCCCACCCCCAUGCAUUUUCCCCAUCCCCGUCUUCCCCACCCCCAUGCAUUUUCCCCAUCCCCGUCUUCCCCACCCCCAUGCAUUUUCCCCAUCCCCGUCUUCCCCACCCCCAUGCAUUUUCCCCAUCCCCGUCUUCCCCACCCCCAUGCAUUUUCCCCAUCCCCGUCUUCCCCACCCCCAUGCAUUUUCCCCAUCCCCGUCUUCCCCACCCCCAUGCAUUUUCCCCAUCCCCGUCUUCCCCACCCCCAUGCAUUUUCCCCAUCCCCGUCUUCCCCACCCCCAUGCAUUUUCCCCAUCCCCGUCUUCCCCACCCCCAUGCAUUUUCCCCAUCCCCGUCUUCCCCACCCCCAUGCAUUUUCCCCAUUCCCGUCUUCCCCACCCCCAUGCAUUUUCCCCAUCCCCGUCUUCCCCACCCCCAUGCAUUUUCCCCAUCCCCGUCUUCCCCACCCCCAUGCAUUUUCCCCAUCCCCGUCUUCCCCACCCCCAUGCAUUUUCCCCAUCCCCGUCUUCCCCACCCCCAUGCAUUUUCCCCAUCCCCGUCUUCCCCACCCCCAUGCAUUUUCCCCAUCCCCGUCUUCCCCACCCCCAUGCAUUUUCCCCAUCCCCGUCUUCCCCACCCCCAUGCAUUUUCCCCAUUCCCGUCUUCCCCACCCCCAUGCAUUUUCCCCAUCCCCGUCUUCCCCACCCCCAUGCAUUUUCCCCAUCCCCGUCUUCCACACCCCCAUGCAUUUUCCCCAUCCCCGUCUUCCCCACCCCCAUGCAUUUUCCCCAUCCCCGUCUUCCCCACCCCCAUGCAUUUUCCCCAUCCCCGUCUUCCCCACCCCCAUGCAUUUUCCCCAUCCCCGUCUUCCCCACCCCCAUGCAUUUUCCCCAUUCCCGUCUUCCCCACCCCCAUGCAUUUUCCCCAUCCCCGUCUUCCCCACCCCCAUGCAUUUUCCCCAUCCCCGUCUUCCCCACCCCCAUGCAUUUUCCCCAUCCCCGUCUUCCCCACCCCCAUGCAUUUUCCCCAUCCCCGUCUUCCCCACCCCCAUGCAUUUUCCCCAUCCCCGUCUUCCCCACCCCCAUGCAUUUUCCCCAUCCCCGUCUUCCCCACCCCCAUGCAUUUUCCCCAUCCCCGUCUUCCCCACCCCCAUGCAUUUUCCCCAUCCCCGUCUUCCCCACCCCCAUGCAUUUUCCCCAUCCCCGUCUUCCCCACCCCCAUGCAUUUUCCCCAUCCCCGUCUUCCCCACCCCCAUGCAUUUUCCCCAUCCCCGUCUUCCCCACCCCCAUGCAUUUUCCCCAUCCCCGUCUUCCCCACCCCCAUGCAUUUUCCCCAUCCCCGUCUUCCCCACCCCCAUGCAUUUUCCCCAUCCCCGUCUUCCCCACCCCCAUGCAUUUUCCCCAUCCCCGUCUUCCCCACCCCCAUGCAUUUUCCCCAUCCCCGUCUUCCCCACCCCCAUGCAUUUUCCCCAUCCCCGUCUUCCCCACCCCCAUGCAUUUUCCCCAUCCCCGUCUUCCCCACCCCCAUGCAUUUUCCCCAUCCCCGUCUUCCCCACCCCCAUGCAUUUUCCCCAUCCCCGUCUUCCCCACCCCCAUGCAUUUUCCCCAUUCCCGUCUUCCCCACCCCCAUGCAUUUUCCCCAUCCCCGUCUUCCCCACCCCCAUGCAUUUUCCCCAUUCCCGUCUUCCCCACCCCCAUGCAUUUUCCCCAUCCCCGUCUUCCCCACCCCCAUGCAUUUUCCCCAUCCCCGUCUUCCCCACCCCCAUGAAUUUUCCCCAUCCCCGUCUUCCCCACCCCCAUGCAUUUUCCCCAUCCCCGUCUUCCCCACCCCCAUGCAUUUUCCCCAUCCCCGUCUUCCCCACCCCCAUGCAUUUUCCCCAUCCCCGUCUUCCCCACCCCCAUGCAUUUUCCCCAUUCCCGUCUUCCCCACCCCCAUGCAUUUUCCCCAUCCCCGUCUUCCCCACCCCCAUGCAUUUUCCCCAUCCCCGUCUUCCCCACCCCCAUGCAUUUUCCCCAUCCCCGUCUUCCCCACCCCCAUGCAUUUUCCCCAUCCCCAUCUUCCCCAUCCCCAUCUUCCCCAUCCCCAUCUUCCCCAUCCCCAUCUUCCCCAUCCCCAUCUUCCCCAUCCCCAUCUUCCCCACCCCCAUCUUCCCCAUCCCCAUCUUCCCCAUCCCCAUCUUCCCCACCCCCAUCUUCCCCACCCCCAUCUUCCCCAUCCCCAUCUUCCCCAUCCCCAUCUUCCCCACCCCCAUCUUCCCCACCCCCAUCUUCCCCACCCCCAUCUUCCCCAUCCCCAUCUUCCCCACCCCCAUCUUCCCCACCCCCAUCUUCCCCAUCCCCAUCUUCCCCACCCCAUGCUCUCACCUCCAUACAAUCUGCUGA